AUGUCACUUUACUGGGAGACAGCCGACCUGUUGACCGAGCCUGCUAACUCAGGUGGCAGCUUGAAGUCCAGAAUUUUCAGCAAGAAGGAUUUGAAGUCACAGCCGGCCCAAAUCUACGCCUUGGCUAUAGAGACGUGCAAAUGGAGCUCAGUCUUGAAAGAAGUGGUCGAAAAUGCUGACAUCUUACGUGUCGAGCGGAAGCUGACACCUGUUCUUUCAAUCCUUCUUGCUCAUGACCUUAUUUUGGCCAAGAAAGGGGUUGCUCUCCCAGCUACUCAUGGACUUCGAGUCGCCAUUGAACGGCACAAGAACCGGCUUCAAGCAGAGUUUACAAGAGCAAGAAUCCGAAGGAGGGUAGGCUCCGCUGAGGCGUUCAAAGCAUUCGUCGAGUCAGGCCUGGAAAAUGGGGGAGGUGGCUCCGAAAUGCUGCGACCUCGUUGGAUUCGCAUCAAUACUUUAAAAACUACGCUGGAGGAUCAGCUGGAAACUACCUUCUCAGGAUACGAACGCUCUACGACCGUUGGCGGUGUCCGGAAUCGGGGUUCAAAGCGCUUAUUCAUUGAUUGUCAUGUCCCAAACCUCAUUGCUAUAUCGCCGAAUAUUGAUCUUUCCAAAAGCGACGCUUACAAGUCUGGAGAAAUCAUUUUCCAGGACAAGGCGUCAUGUUUUCCGGCCCAUCUUCUUGACCCGCUGGCUGAGGAUGGCGAUAUUAUAGAUGCAUGUGCCGCCCCAGGAAACAAGACCACUCACAUUGCUGCCAUCCUCCUAUCGCACAAUUCGGAACCUGAUGAAUGCUCGCAAGUCGUCCACGCAUUUGAGAAAAGCAAGGGCAGAGCGGAAACUCUCGAGAAGAUGGUCAACCUUGCUGGAUCAAAUACUUGGACGAAACUCCACCCCGGACAAGACUUCCUGAAGACGGAUCCGGAGUCAGCCGCAUUUAAGAAUGUUAUCGCUUUGUUGUUAGAUCCAAGUUGUUCUGGAAGUGGUAUUAUCGGCAGAGAUGAUAUGCCAGAACUGCAUCUACCUGCUACCAAGCAGCCAUCGAGCAGCAUAUCCAAGCCUCAGAAGAAAGGAUCAAAGGUGCCAGAGCCAACCAGCGGGACGAGAAAGCGUAAAAAAGGCGAUCAUGAUGACGCGCUGGACGUCAUGGUUGACGAUGAUGGAGAGGUUACAGCUGUCAAUUCGGACGAUGAGCUCAAAGCUCGAAUCGAGGCACUUUCUAAGUUCCAACUGGAGCUACUCCUUCAUGCGUUCAAAUUCCCAGCAGCAAGGAAAAUCACGUAUUCAACUUGCUCAAUCCAUGCAGGAGAGAACGAGCUGGUUGUCCAGAAAGCCUUGGAACAUCCAUUCGCAAAGGAGCGAGGUUGGCGAAUUCUCAUGCGUGAGGAACAAAUACGAGGAAUGCAGCAAUGGCCUGUCCGCGGAUCUUCGGAAACCUGCGAUGGCAAUGAGGUACUUGCAGAGGCAUGCAUAAGAGCUAAUAAAGAUGAUGAGCAUUGCACAAUGGGCUUUUUCCUCGCUGGGUUUAUCAGAGACGUCAAGCCGAGGAAAGACGUGGAUGCAGAAUUCCUCAGAGACGAACGUGGCCAUCUUGUUCGAGAUAUGAUGGGCUUUCCUGUGAGGGUAAGUCCUCAAGAAGAAAACUUUGGUCCCAUCAACGAGGAUGUUGACAUUGCACCCGUUCGUUCCGUACCAACGGACGAAGGAGAAGACGAAUGGGCUGGCUUUGGGGAUGAUGAUAUGGCAAUUGUGGAACAAGACAAACCGGCCCCACUUCCUCAAGAUACCCCUAAGCAAGACAAGAAGUCAGGGCGCGGAAGUCGGCACGACACAAGCAAAAAACGGCCCCAAUUUGGCAUCACGGACAAAAUGCACAAGAAGAGCAAGAAGUCUAGUUAG